AUGCACCCAGAGCCUGAGACAUCGCGCGGUGCGGUGGAUGCCCUGGAAGAUCUCGAGCCCGACCUUCUGCGAAGUGUACCCCUCCAUGUUUGUUUGGCCGCCGGGGCUUGGCAAGAAAUACAGCGUGCUGGCGCAUCCGUGCAGGAUGCAACCGGCGAGUAUGAGUUUUUCUUCAGCCACGACUGGAAGACGUCAAGAUGGCUGAAGCAAAUCUCCCUGUUGGCUGUUUUCAACGGAGUUCCCGCUGCAGCCAGCAGCUUUAUCAUCAGCUUUGGGCUCGGCGUGAUGGCCUCGUGUGGUUUACUCAGUCGUUCUGCAUGGCUGCUAUUGCCCGGCCACAUCGCACCAUUUCUGGUCUUGCUUUUCUGGCAAGACAUGCGGCGUCUCUUUUUGCGGCCUCGGCGUGCAUUCUUGGAUAGCCUCUGCAUCCCUCAGGAGGAUCCCAUCCUCAAGGAGCGGUGCAUUCGCCGACUUACCUCUUACCUGAGCCGAUCGAAGAAGCUCAUUUGUCUCUGGUCGCCGGACUACUUCCGGAGGCUUUGGUGUACAUUCGAGGUUGGCUUCUUCUUGAUGAGACAGGGGCAGGUGGAGAACAUCACGUUCGUACCAGUUCAAAUCGGGACAUUGUGCACGCUCUGCUAUGCUACAGCGACUGUUUUUCGACUGACCUUGUUUGUGGUGCAGUACUCGGGCCUGCCCUUCGUCGAUUUUGUUAUCGUGGUUAGCAUCGCUGUCUUCGUUCUGGCCGUUUGUUUGACCCCAGCCUUCUUCCUGUACUGGAGCGCACUGUUAAGGGACGUCGCAGAUCUGCCGAGACAGUUGCGAGAGUUCCGGCUUCAACGCUCCGAAUGCUUCUGCUGCUCACACGGGCACCGACAUCCCGUGAGCGGGGACACAAUCUUCUGUGAUCGUACGCUCAUCUACCAGAACCUGAAGGCGUUUUGCAAGUGGAAAGGCGGGGAAGAAGACAUGCUGGACCUUUUCAAUGGGCAUGUACACCGAGUUCUGGCACCAAGCAUCCAGCGGAAGUCGAGACACAAUCUGUUCGUGCUGAAGUACACUCUCAUUGCGACUCUUGCGGCCUGCUUCCCCCACCUAUCUGUUAGCAUUCCACGAAGUCUGGAAGAGAGGCAGACCGGUUGGGAAGCUAACGUCCUCUUUGCAGGCAGCCAGCUUUUUCUGGACCUGGCCGUUGUGUUUUUGCUGCGUGUGACGCUGUUGAUCGGCGAGUGCAGAGCGGGAGGUUUUGCCUUGGACAGAGGCCCGGAGGGCUUGAGGCACAAGGUGAAAGACCGUGACACGCAGAGUGUUUGGAACAAUGCGGGGCAGUACUUGCUUCGUCCAGAGGCUGCCGAGGCAAUUUUCUACAUGUUCUACUACACUGGCGAUCCCAAAUACCGGCGAUGGGCAGGCGAGAUCAUGGAGGCUAUCGAGAAGAACUGUCGCACCACACAUGGCUACAGUGCAGUGACUGACGUGCGGCGGAGCCCGGUGACCCUGCGAAACGAGAUGGAGACCUUCUUUUUGGUAGAGCUGAUUGCAAUGCUUCAGCUGAUCGGGCUCUGGGGGCCCAGUGCUUUCGAAGUUGCGGGUUACAGGGCCGUCGACCUCAUGGCAAAAGAACGUACUGUGGAGGCUUCGAACAUCGGAUCCGAUGCGGAUGCGCUUAAGACAGUGUCUCGGGAGACGGCUGCGGCACUGCUGGAGGCUUCUGAUGCCUUCCUCUUCGACUGCGACGGCACCCUGUACCAUGCUGGCGAGGUCCUUCCCAACGUGGCCGAGGCGAUAGCCCAUCUUAGACGCUUGGGAAAGGCUGUCUUCUUCGUCACGAACACCUCUUCCAGGAGCAAAGAGCAGCUCAGGGACAAACUCUGCGCCCUGGGAAUCGAUUGCCAGGCAGAGGAGUGUGUGCCUUCGGGGGUGUUCGCCGCGUCUUACAUCAGGCACAGCCAUCCAGAGGCCUCGAAUCUCUACAUCAUCGGUGGCGGUGGCCUCGUUGCAGAGUUUGAGAAGCUUGGCUUCUGUUGCCACGGCGGUCCCACUGAGGACGAAGAGCGCUUCAGCGAGGACGGUUUCAAGGCUCUGGCCGAAGAGGUUGCUGCAACACGCUUCGAUGGCGUGGUGAUUGGAUGGGACACUGCCAUCACGUACUACAAGAUUACAAAGAGUGCCCUCGUCUUCCAACUCCAUCCUGAGUGUUUCUUCUAUGCUACGAACGAUGAUCCUGCGGACCGAGUGGGCAGGUGUUUGCUGCCUGGAAACGGGCCGCUGCUCAAAGCCGUGGAGGCCGCUUGCUGCGCCUGCGCAAGGCAGCGCAGCGGCCGAGAGAAGCCCUGGGGCCAAGAGGCCGAGGUGCUGGGCAAGCCCAACCCAGCCUACGCUCAGCUUGUCGCCGAGUGGCACGGCCUGGACUUGCGACGCACCGUGAUGGUGGGUGAUCGCCUCGACACUGACAUCGAGAUGGGCAGGCGAGCUGGCAUGCUGUCACUGCAUGUGCUCACCGGAGUUGAUGACCUGACGCAGAUUGAAGCCAAGGGCAUCGUUCCGGACUUCGUGUUGCCCAGCGUCGGCCACCUUUGGACCCAGAGGUCUCAAAGCAGCCUUUGA